AACCAAGCUGCCGUCCUUGGGCGGUCUUGACUUCAGAUACGCUAGGUUUAACGGCUUGGGAUCGGAAAAGUGAUCGGAGAAGGGAGCAAGGGGGAAGAGGAAGAUGGCUGAGUACAGUGAGUUGAGAAAGGCGGUGGAUUCAGUUGCAGUUGUGGACGCUCACGCACACAAUCUGGUGGCCAUCGAUUCCGACUUCUCCUUCCUCCGCUGCUUCUCAGAAGCCGAUGGCGAAGCCCUAACCUUCGUUCCCCACACGCUCUCCUUCAAGAGGAAUGUAAGAGACAUUGCUAGACUGUACAACUGUGAGGCAUCCUUUGAUGCAGUUGAUGCGCAUAGAAAAUCCUGUGGGAUAACUUCUGUUACUUCAAGAUGCAUUGAAGCUGCAAAUAUAUCUACUAUAUUCAUAGAUGAUGGGAUUAAAUUUGUCAAAAUGUAUGAUUGGGAGUGGCACUCACGUUUUGGUCCAGCGGUUGGGAGAAUAUUAAGAAUCGAGCAUUUAGCAGAGACGAUCCUCAAUGAUGAGAGGUAUGGUGAAUCAAAUUGGACUUUGGAGUUGUUCUCUCAUAUUUUCUUGGGACGGUUGGAAUCAGUUGUUGAUAAGAUCGUUGCAAUGAAAAGCAUAGCUGCCUAUCGAAGUGGUCUACAGAUAGAUACAAAUGUCAGCAAGAUUGUCGCCGAGGAAGGUCUUCUCCAAGACUUGCAGGGUGGGAAACCUGUUCGGAUCAAGAGUAAAGGCUUUAUCGAUUACAUAUUUACAUGUAGCCUAGAAGUUGCACAGUCCUUCAACUUGCCUGUGCAGAUUCACACAGGUUUUGGCGAUACAGACUUGGAUUUAAGGCAGUGCAACCCUCUUCAUCUACGCGCUGUCCUGGAGGAGAAGAGAUUUUCUAAGUGUAGGAUUGUUCUCUUGCAUGCAGCCUAUCCAUAUUCAAAGGAAGCAUCGUAUCUUGCUUCUGUUUAUCCCCAGGUUUACCUUGAUUUUGGGUUGGCAGUACCUAUGCUUAGCGUUCAAGGGAUGAUUUCUUCUGUGACUGAACUCCUACAUUUAGCCCCAAUAAAAAAGGUCAUGUACAGCUCAGAUGGUUUUGCAUUUCCUGAAUUAUAUUACUUAGGCUCAAAGAGCGCACGUGAAGUUCUGUUCCAUGUUUUGUCUAAUGCAUGUAAGGAUGGUGACCUUACCGUUGACGAGGCAGUUCUAGCAGUUCAAGAUAUAUUUAGAGAAAAUGCUCUUUGGCUUUACAAUUUGCGUGCUGUUGUUGGUUCUACGGAUUACAAUGGUUCCAUUAUCCAAAAAAACACAUUGAAGUCUAACGCGUUAUUAGAUGAUAUUGUGUUUGUUCGUAUCAUCUGGGUUGAUGCUUCUGGGCAACAAAGAUGCCGAGCAGUUCCAGCAAGGCGUUUUUAUGAAGUUGUAGCAAACACCGGUGUAGGAUUGACUUUUGCAUCAAUGGCUAUGACUUCAUUUGCUGAUGGCGUAGCAGAUGGAACAAAUCUUUCUGGUACUGGUGAGGUCAGACUGGUGCCUGAUUGUUCAACUAAACACCGAAUCCCAUGGUCAAAUAAGGAGGAAAUGGUGCUGGCCGACAUGCAAAUAAAACCUGGUGAAUCCUGGGAAUAUUGCCCUAGGAGUGCUUUGCAAAGGGUCGCAAAAAUUCUUAAAGAAGAAUUUGACCUGGUAAUGAAUGCAGGAUUUGAGAAUGAGUUUUAUCUCCUCAAAAUUAUUAUGAGAGAAGGGAACGAACACUUUCUUCCAUUUGAUUUAACAUCAUACUGCUCCGCUUCAGGAUUUGAUGCCGUCUCCCCUAUUUUGCAAGAAAUCAAUGCGGCACUUCAGGCCUUGGAUAUCUCGGUUGAGCAGCUGCAUGCAGAAGCUGGAAAUGGACAAUUUGAGAUUUCUUUGGGGCAUUCAAGUUGUACUUCAGCAGCUGAUAACUUGGUUUUUACUCGUGAGACCAUCAGAUCUACCGCACGGAAACAUGGGUUACGGGCUACUUUUCUGCCAAAGUACUUCUUAGAUGAUUUUGGCUCUGGAUCUCAUGUACAUUUAAGCUUGUGGAAAGAUGGAAGAAAUGUUUUUAUGGGAUCAGAGGAUUCAAAAACUCCACAUGGCAUAUCUGAAAUUGGAGAAAAAUUCAUGGCUGGUGUUUUUCACCAUCUUCCAUCCAUUUUUGCUUUUACUGCUCCGCUUCCUAAUAGUUAUGACCGCCUUCAACCAAACACUUGGAGUGGAGCAUAUCAUUGUUGGGGAAAGGAAAAUAGAGAAGCCCCAAUAAGAACUGCAUCUCCGCCAGGCAUAUCUCAAGAAGUUGUGAGCAACUUUGAGAUCAAGUCUUUUGAUGGGUGUGCAAAUCCACAUUUAGCAAUUGCUUCAAUAAUUGCUGCUGGGAUUGAUGGCCUUAGAAGAAAUCAUAGCUUACCAGAUCCUAUCGAUGAAAAUCCAUCUAGUCGUGCUUCAGAACUCAGAAGGUUGCCAAAUGGGCUGCACGAAUCCAUUCAAGCGCUUGCUGAAGAUAAUGUUUUGAAAGAUUUACUUGGAGAAAAGCUAACAACUGCUGUCAUAGCUAUCCGCAAGGCCGAAAUUGAUUACUAUGGAAAGAACAAAGAAGCAUACAAACAACUCAUUCACAAGUACUAAAAACUCUUCAGCAUUCGACUUCUAAUUCAUGCAAAACAGUUGCUGUUAGUCACAUACCUCAUUUUCUCUUGCUUAAUUUGCGUUUCAAUAAGUCCGUCUCUUUUGCCAUGGAUGGAUGGUUCGGCCUUGUCCACCCUUAAACAGUUUAAUCAUAUGAAUUGUUUUCAAAUAAUGUUAAUGAGCACAUCUCAGAUGUAAUGGAAUUUCUUCUUAAUUUUAUUUGUUGUUUUUUGUAA